AAAGGGUGAAAUUUUAAGAGAGAGAGAGAGAGAUUGGCAAAACCCCUCUGGCUUUUUUCUUCUAGGGUUUUUUCGUCUUCCUUCAUCGCCCGGUACUCUCAGAUGCAGUGCAGGUGUGAGAAACGAGUCCCCUAAAGAUGGAAGCUUUGAUUGUGAGACGGUUUUGCUAGGCCUUUGUUUCCAACCUUUGAAUGUUUCGAUUCUGAAAUGGAUUCAGGUAACGGAAGCAGUGGAGAUCUGGAUUCUGCUAACUUAGGUGAAAUCACUGAAGCAUUGCUCCCUCCGCCGCCAGUUAUUCCUCCAAAUGUGGAACCAUUGCGUGUUGAAACAGAACCACCGCCAAAGAAGAAGAACUUGCGAGUUCCCAUGGCUAGGCGCGGGCUUGGAACAAAAGGACAGAAGAUACCCCUAUUGACUAAUCACUUCAAAGUCAAUGUCACUAAUCUUGAUGGUUACUUUUAUCACUAUAGCGUUGCUCUCUUCUAUGACGAUGGUCGACCAGUUGAAACUAAGGGUGUGGGGAGAAAAGUGCUUGACAAGUUGCAUGAGACUUACCGCUCUGAUUUAGCUGACAAGGAUUUCGCGUAUGAUGGCGAAAAGACUCUAUUUACAUUUGGCGCUCUUCCUACUAAUAAAAUGGAUUUCUCGGUUGUGCUCGAGGAAGUUUCUUCGAAAAGGACCAAUGGAAAUUCUAACCUUGAUAGCCCGGAUGAUGGUGACAAGAAAAGGAUGCGUCGCCGAAACCAAUCCAAAAGUUUCCGGGUGGAGAUAAGUUAUGCGGCUAAAAUUCCGUUGCAAGCUCUUGCUAGCGCAAUGCGUGGGCAAGAAUCUGAGAACUCGCAAGAAGCCAUAAGGGUAUUAGAUAUCAUCUUACGUCAGCAUGCUGCUAGACAAGGAUGCCUGCUUGUCCGUCAAUCGUUCUUCCAUAACGACACUCAGAACUUUGAAAGCGUCGGUGAUGGGGUUUUGGGCUGUAGGGGAUUCCAUUCGAGUUUCAGAACAACUCAGGGUGGCAUGUCACUUAACAUGGAUGUCUCAACCACAAUGAUUAUCCAACCUGGUCUUGUGCUUGAUUUUCUUAUGGCUAACCAACGUGUCAAGGAUACUUUUUCAAUCGACUGGACCAAGGCAAGACGUGUUCUUAAGAACCUAAGGGUUAAAGUUGCCCCCUCGAACAUGGAAUAUCGGAUAACUGGCCUGUCUGAAAAGCCUUGCCGGGAACUGACAUUCGAACUAAAGCAGAAGCAUUCCAAGAAUGAAAAUGGCGAGUUCGAAACCAUGGAAGUGACUGUGUACGAUUACUUCCUUAAACACCAUCAAAUAGAGUUGCGUGACUCUGCAGAUUUGCCUUGCCUUAAUGUUGGAAAGCCAAAGCGUCCUACCUAUAUUCCCCUCGAGCUAUGCGAGUUGGUGUCCCUUCAAAGGUACACCAAGGCACUGAACACCUUCCAAAGAUCUGCCCUUGUGGAGAGAUCAAGGCAAAAGCCGCAGGAGAGAAUGAAUGUCUUAUCCAAAGCUCUUAAGGUCAGUAACUAUGGUACUGAACCUAUUCUCCGUUCAUGUGGCAUUUCGAUCAGCCCCAGCUUCAUUCAGGUUGAGGGUCGUGUCCUGCCUGCUCCUAAGUUGAAAACAGGAAAGGGCGAUGAAAUAUUUCCCCGAAAUGGUCGUUGGAACUUCAGCCAUAAGAAAUUUUUUGAGCCAGUCAAGAUAGAGCGGUGGGCUGUCGUGAACUUUUCGGCCCGUUGUAAUGUGCGUGGACUCGUCCAGGACUUAAUCAGAUGCGGGGAAAUGAAAGGAAUUAGCAUUGCUGAUCCUUUUGAUGUGUUUGAAGAGAAUCAACGAUUUCGGAAGGCUCCUCCGAUGGUUCGUGUUGAGAAAAUGUUCGAAGAGGUCCAGUCCCGACUCCCGGGUGCUCCCCAGUUCCUCCUUUGUUUGCUCACUGAGAGGAAAAACUGUGAGAUUUACGGUCCUUGGAAGAAGAAGAACCUCACUGAAUUCGGUAUUGUUACUCAGUGCAUGGUUCCAAUGCGUGUUAACGAUAAUUAUCUUCUGAACUGUCUCAUGAAAAUCAACGCAAAGCUCGGUGGCCUGAACUCGCUGUUAACUGUAGAGCGUACUCCCGCUUUCCCGAUAAUCUCCAAGGUUCCCACCAUUAUACUCGGGAUGGAUGUUUCACACGGAUCUCCCGGACAAUCAGAAAUCCCAUCCAUUGCAGCUGUUGUUAGUUCAAGGGAGUGGCCGCUUAUAUCGAGAUACAGAGCAUCUGUACGAUUACUCCCCCCUAAGGUUGAAAUGAUUGAUUCCCUGUUCAAGAAAAGCUCGAAUGGCGAGGAUGAGGGGAUAAUCAGGGAGCUGCUGUUGGAUUUCUAUACGAGCUCAGGUAAGAGAAAGCCAGAGCAUAUCAUCAUAUUCAGGGACGGCGUGAGUGAGUCCCAAUUCAACCAGGUUUUGAAUGUCGAACUCGAUCAGGUCAUCGAGGCGUGCAAGUAUCUGGAUGAAAAAUGGAAUCCGAAAUUCCUAGUGAUAGUUGCUCAGAAAAACCACCACACGAAAUUCUUCCAACCAGGGUCCCCCGACAACGUCCCACCAGGGACGAUAGUCGACACCAAAAUAUGUCACCCGAGGAAUUACGACUUCUAUCUAUGCGCACAGGCCGGGAUGAUUGGCACUUCUCGGCCCACCCAUUACCAUGUCUUAUAUGACGAGAUCGGCUUCUCGCCUGACGAAGUCCAGGAACUCGUUCACUCGCUUUCCUAUGUGUAUCAACGAAGCACCACCGCCAUUUCUGUUGUCGCGCCAAUAUGCUAUGCCCACUUGGCAGCUGCUCAGAUCGGGACGUUCGUGAAGUUUGAGGAUCGUUCCGAGACAUCAUCCAGCCAUGGCGGCGGUUCCACUGCUUCUGGACAAGUUUCUGUCCCUCAGCUUCCUAAGCUGAAAGAAAGUGUCGCUAACUCCAUGUUCUUCUGUUGAGGAAGCAGCAGAAGACAUAUGGCUUCCGUGCAAGAAAAAAAAAACUGUAAGAAACUCUCCUACCUCUUUUGUUUGGUGUACAUACUGUUUUCUUAAACCCUUUUGGCUUCUCGUUUGGAAUCCCCUGAACAUGGUGGGUCUAAGCUUAGGCAUAUGCAUUUAUUCGGGCGAUGCAUUUUGUGGCCAAACUGACUCGUUUUCAUCGCCCGAUGUGCGUUUUUUUUUUGUAUUUCCGCCCCGAGGGUUAUACGUAACCCUUGGGUCUGAAAAAAAAAAGAUGAGCUUUCGGGUUUAAAAAACAAACUGAUGUGUUAGGAAUUGACCCUGUCGUGUAAAGCUGCUGCUUCUCUGUGUUCA